AUGGACUUCGUCAACAAGCUCACCGGCGGUGACAAGAGCGCUGAAAAGAACGACAACAAUGCCCAGCAGGCCACGUCUUCUGGGCAGCAGCAAGGCGGCGGCUUUCUGGGCGGCAUUGGCGACAAGCUGAACGCCGCUGCUGGCGGCGGCAAGGAGAGCGAGAAGAACGAGGACUUGCUUGACAAGGGAAUCGACUACGUCCAGGAGAAGUUCCUGGGCCAGGGACCUCAGGACAAUGAGUCUGCGGUCGAGCAAGCCAAGGACGAACGAAUUAGCGACUUCAUCCGAGGCCAGUACAAGUCGGCCACGGGCUCCGAAAUCCCUAUCAAGGAUAAGGAGACACGGUUGGGCUAG